AUGAGCAUGUCUAUAGAUAUUUCUACAGAUAAAGACAUCUUUAAAUUUAAAAAUGAUCCGUUAAAUAAGCUUGAUGGGAAUAUUAUUAAUGAGCUGCUCGAGGAGUUGACCAAAGAAAAAAAUGAUGAGCACGAUAGGCUAGUAGGAGAAUUUUUCAAUCAUUGUGUUAUGAGGUGCAAAGAAAAUAAACUCGAAACCAUGUAUGUGGUCACUGCUUUACUUCCAUGCCUCAUUUCCGAUUCCUACAAGAACCCAAUAAUCUAUCUUAGGAAGCAACUCACCUACGUUAGGUUUCCGUUAGAACAUUCAAAAAGACAAAAGUACCCGUCAACUUAUGAACCCCUGUGGGGCUAUAAGUUUGAUUAUUACAGGUUUUCGGAUCUCGAGAAAGAACAAGAUCCAAAAUAUCAACCUAAACAAAUAUUGUCCCCAUUUGACAGGUUUGAAAAAAUCGCUCGGCAUUCUGCUACAUUAUGCUAUGUACCACUACCCGGUCUAUGCACCUACCCGAAGCGUUCUGGUAUCUUCGAAGUCUUGUUUCCUUGUAGCCAAAGUCCAUUUGUAAGGCUCACCCUACAUCAUCCAAUCGAAUUCCUUCAAGAUUCCACAACUAGCUUCGAAUUAUUUUCGUCUCCACCUUUCCAAGCAAUUGUAAAGUUCAAAUGGCAUGCCUUUGCGAGGUCGCGUUUUAUUGUGACUUUUUCGAUCUAUCUCAUUAACUUUGGCCUUUUUACGUUGGCGAUUGGUACCAAAGAUAUGCGAAUAAUGAAAACUAGCAUGACAUUUGGGUCAAUUUUUCUAACUCUCAAUCUGAUCCGGCUUGUUUUGAUAUUUGUGGCGAAUGGUACCAUCUUCAAAUAUCUUUUAUCUCCUACAGCCUACUUUGCAUUCUUGAUAUGUUUCCUUCCUUUUUUUACUGGGCUUAUAGAGGUUUACAGCCUCUUGGAACAUGAAGAUCCCGCAUACUCUAUUCUUCGAUUCUGCUCAAUCCUUCUCUUAUGGUUGGGUUUCAUUUCAUUAUUGUGUCUCUUCCAGAGUAUCGGAGUAAUGCUAAUCGGUGAGAAACAUUCAGAAACUUUGAUUUUAUUCGCUUGCGCACAUGCAGCAAUAGUGUAUUUCUCAUUUACCCCACCAACUAAUGGUGGUGAAAGUACAUUUAAGGGAUUUGAUCAAUCACUUAAAAAUUUUUGGUCCGGGCUUUUAGCUUCUUAUGAUUUUUUUGAACCUUGGGAAAAUAAUCAUUUUGUGGAUAUAAUGAAGAUCGUCUAUUCAUUCUUUGCAAACAUCGUAAUCAUGAAUAUUCUAAUUGCACUUGUAAAUAAUGUUUAUCAAGAUGUGCAUGAACUUUCUUAUGCUAGAUGGACCAUGAUGAGAGCACAUAUAAUUAGUUACAUGGAGCUCUUAAUGUUGUUGCCAUCAGAGCGUCAAAAUGAAGAAUAUUUCCCUUACACCAUUACUUACGAGGCAUUCACUAAAGAAGUUGAAGAUUGGAACACCAAACUCGAGGCGAAAAAGGACCAGACAUGGGAUGUUCCUCUUUCUAAGAAGAUCCAGGAUUGUCUGGAUAAGUUAGAGAAUCAAUUAUCAAAGCCAUAG